GUGAUUAAAUCAGUAUGGCGGAGCUGCGGGCUCAAUGAUUUCUUACAGUACCGACGGGUCCUAAAACCCUGCACACGGAUGCUCUCCGACAGUGGAAGAAAAGCAGCAGUUUGCACCCGUCAAUUCAGCCUGACUGUUUGGUGGAAGGAAUCUUGCUCCAACACACCACUGAGGUCUCCACCUGUGGCUCGCUGUGAUGAAGUCCUGAGAAACGACUCCCCCGUGUCCCUCCUUCGCCUGGCUGUGCAGCACAUGGUGGUCAAUACCCCCACCACAGAGGUGCGCUGACACCCUCACUGCUCUCCUCUGCUUCCCCAUCAAGUCUGCACCUGCACCAGCAACCACAGCAAUGAGCUCUCACAGUCGACAAGGUGGAUUGACCAGCAAGGAGCAGCCUCUUGAGCUUCUCAAACCAACUUCACACAACCAUUUUGUUGAUCUUCAAAAUCACAAGGGGAAGGCAGAUUUUCCCCCAGGAAAAGUAGUGUCUGUGUGGAUGUGAGCACAGCAACGCUGCCCACGCAGGUGCCCCACACCACCACAGCCAUCCUUCCCAUGGACCUGCGCGUUGUGGACCACCCUCACCACCACCACCAGCAGCAGCCCCCCUUUGGCCUGGUUCCCCCACCCCACCCUACACCGGCCACCUCCACAGCUUGUCCCGCAUCAUCCGAGACAGGCCGGGGCCCAGUCAUUGGCCACCAGGAGCAGCACCUGCAGCAGGAACUGGUGGCUCUCAAACACAAGCAGCAGCUCCAGAGGCAGCUGCUGAUCGCAGAGUUUCAGAGGCAGCAUGAACAGCUAUCACGACAACAUGAAGCUCAGCUGCAGGAACAUAUCAAGCACCAACAAGAUUUACUGGCGCUCAAGCACCAACAAGAGCUGUUGGAGCAUCACAGGAAGAUUGAGCAGCAACGUCAUGAGCAGCAGCUGGAGAAGCAGCAGCGAGAACACAAACUCCAACAGCUCAAACAUAAGGAGAGGGGACAAGAGAGUGCAGUCGCCAGUACAGAGGUAAAGAUGCGACUUCAGGAAUUUGUCCUGAACAAGAAGAAAGCCUUGGCUCAGCGAAACCUAAACCACUGUCUGCCCAGUGACCCACGCUACUGGUAUGGAAAAACCCAGCAUAGCUCUUUGGACCAGAGCUCACCUCCCCAAACAGCAUUGUCAGCGUACAACCAUCCAGUGCUGGGGACAUACGACUCUAAAGAUGACUUCCCACUCCGCAAAACAGCCUCUGAGCCCAAUCUCAAGCUUCGUUCCAGGCUAAAGCAGAAGGUGACAGAGCGUCGCAGCAGCCCUCUGCUCCGCAGGAAAGACGGACCCAUCACUACUGCCAAGAAGCGGUCUCUAGAUGUGGCUGAGUCUGCAUGCAACAGUGCACCAGGCUCAGGUCCAAGUUCUCCCAACAACAGCUCCAGUAACAUCCCCAGUGAGAACGGGGUCACAAUCUCCAGCAGCCCAGGAGAGGCCUCCCUGCUUCAGAGGUUGGCAGCAAGAGAAGGUUCAGUGAGCCAGCUCUCUCUCUACACCUCACCGUCUCUGCCCAACAUCACCCUGGGACUGCCAGCCACAGGUCCUGCAAGCACUGUGGUAUCAGGACACAAAGAUAGUGAGAGUCAUCUGGCACUGCCUGCAUUACAGCAGGGCAUUCCACUGACCUCUCCUUUCCUGCCCACUGCCCACCUGCCCUCCUACUUGGCAUCUUCAGCACUGGACAGGGAGGGAGCAGGAGGGGGUACGACUGGUCACAACCCCCUCCUCCAACACAUGGUGCUGCUGGAGCAGAGCCACAGUCCAAUGGUUGGUCUGGGUGGCCUGCCACUACCAUCACCCUCUGUUUCCAAGCUUGUGCGGGGCCACCGUCCCCUGGGGAGAACCCAGUCGGCCCCCCUGCCCCAGCAGCAGUGUGGACAGGCCCAGGCCCUGCAGCAGUUGGUGGUCCAGCAGCAGCACCAGCAAUUCCUGGAGAAGCACAAACAACUAUUCCAACAACAGCAGCAGCAGCACAUCAUCAACAAGAUCAUGUCCAAGCCCAGUGAUCAGGUCUCAGCAGCAGGCUCCGGUGCCUCGGGACCAGGCAGACAGCACCAGAGUCACCCAGAGGAGACGGAAGAGGAGCUCAGGGAGCACCAGGGACUCUCCUCAUCCUCCUCCUCGUCCUCUUCUACCUCUGUGCAGGAGACAGGGAUUGUACGGGGGAUUGUCAUCAAGCAGGAGCCCCCAGACCCCCAGGAGCAGGAGGAGAGGGAGCAAAGGGAGAGACAGGCUGACCAGGACUUCCUGUUCAAACAGCAGGCUCUGCUGUUAGAGCAGCAGCGGAUCCACCAGUUGAGGAACUACCAGGCUUCCAUGGAAGCAGCCGGGCUAUCAGUCAGCUUUGCUGGACAUCGGCCCCUGUCCAGGGCUCAGUCAUCUCCUGCCUCUUCCUCCUUCCCCAUGGUGGUACAGGAACCACCAGCCAAGCCUCGAUUCACUACAGGUCUUGUGUAUGACUCCUUGAUGCAGAAGCACCAGUGUAUGUGUGGCAAUACCACCAGUCAUCCAGAGCAUGCUGGCCGUAUUCAGAGUAUCUGGUCCCGACUACAAGAGACAGGCCUCAGAGCACACUGUGAGUGUAUCCGUGGUAGGAAGGCCUCGUUGGAAGAGUUACAAACAGUUCACUCAGAGGCCCACGUCUUACUGUAUGGAACUAACCCACUGCGACAGAAACUAGAUUGCUCAGUAAGUCCCAUGUUUGUGAGGUUACCGUGUGGAGGCAUCGGGGUGGACAGCGACACCAUUUGGAAUGAAGUCCAUUCGUCCAGUGCGGCUCGUCUGGCUGUCGGCUCUGUGGUGGAGCUUGUCUUCAAAGUAGCAUCAGGAGAACUGAAGAAUGGUUUUGCUGUAGUUCGACCACCUGGUCAUCAUGCUGAGGAGAGCACACCCAUGGGCUUCUGUUAUUUCAAUUCAGUCGCCAUAGCAGCCAAGCUCCUGCAGCAGAGGCUCAAUGUCAGUAAAAUCCUCAUCGUGGACUGGGAUGUUCACCAUGGCAAUGGCACCCAGCAGGCCUUCUACGCUGACCCCAGUGUCCUUUACUUGUCUCUUCAUCGCUAUGAUGACGGAAACUUCUUCCCGGGCAGUGGAGCUCCUGAUGAGGUGGGCAGUGGAGCAGGUGUCGGCUUCAAUGUGAACAUGGCCUUUACUGGAGGAUUGGAGCCUCCCAUGGGCGAUGCAGAGUAUCUAACCGCAUUCAGAACGGUGGUCAUGCCUAUCGCCAACGAGUUUGCCCCAGACAUGGUUCUGGUAUCUUCUGGCUUUGAUGCAGUGGAUGGACAUGCGCCACCAUUGGGAGGAUACAAACUGACAGCCAAAUGCUUUAGCUACCUGACCAGGCAGCUGAUGGGUCUGGCAGGCGGUCGGCUGGUGCUUGCCUUGGAGGGGGGUCACGACCUCACAGCCAUAUGUGAUGCCUCCGAAGCCUGCAUCUCUGCUCUGCUUGGGAAUGAGUUGGACCCCAUUCCUGACGAGGUGCUGCAACAGAGACCCAACGCCAAUGCUGUACACUCUAUGGAGAAAGUAAUUGAAAUUCACAGUAAAUACUGGCGCUCGUUGCAACGCUCUGCUUCCACACUCGGUUGUUCACUGAGCGAAGCCCUCCAACGGGACACUGAGGAAGCUGAAACUGUCUCCGCCAUGGCCUCAUUGUCUGUCGCCAACAAGCACAUUGGAAACAGAGCUGAAGAGGAACCAAUGGAAGAGGAAGCUCCCAUGUAAGGAAACAUCCCUAAUCUUUGACCACUCAGACCAGUCUUGAUCUUUGACUGUUUCCUCAUCUAGUCGGUUCUAGUUUAAACUCCUCUCCUAUGUCUGACCCCUGCCGGAUCAAGCUGGCAUCUCGUGGGAGGACAAGGAGAGCUGACAAAAAUGGCACUCUGAGGAAACGGACCACUGAAGAUGAGCGAUGCAUUCACUGAUCAGCAGUGCACCAAGUGAUCAGCAUAAAUGUGCUGCGUUGCAUUGCACUUCAAGACCUUGAAAAUAAGAGGAUUUACUCACCCAUCCCACAAAGACAGCCUCGAGUGCCAGUGCUUUUAAACACUAGACAGAUGUACUUUUUGAUUGCCAGUCAGAACCGUACACCGAGGAUGUACAGUCGUCUACUUUUCAUAUUAUUCUGUUCUUUCUGUGCUUUAUCGCCAUCUUCUCACUUUCAUCAAGACCACCAGAGCUAUUGUGAUUGUGUCUGCACUAAGGAUGGAUUCCUGCUCUUUCAAGAUAUCUAAAUGAGAGGAACAAAAUUUCCUGCAAUUUUCCGAGGUUGUUAAAGGUUACAGGAGAGAGAGGUCAGCAGAUUUCCAGGACUCCAAAAUUACUGACAGUAAAAGACUGUGCAUUUGUGCCUUUUUUUCCAACCUGGUGGAUUUUCUUUUGAACUCCACUGAAAGAGCUUUGCCUUAAAAACAGGUUUGGGAACGAGGCCUCUUCUCCCCAACCCCUUAAACAUUUUAUCCUGGCAAGUCAUCCACUGCCUGCAUGUUGUUGGCACAUAGACUGGAGGACCUUCUUGGCAUGUUUACCUAUAAUUCCCUGCUACCAGCCUACUGUCUCUCCCUUCAUCUUUGCAUUUUCCGCUCAUUUUCAAUCUCAGCUUGGAAGGUAGUUCCCAGCCACAAGUUGGAGGUGGCUCUGUUUAAAAGGAAGGUAGAGGCGGGAUUUGUAUUAUUGUAUAAUCGUGUAUCACGUAGGCAUCGAUUCUUCUUUAUCAGUGGAAGAGUUAAGUAGCAUGCACUUUACUAAAACAACAGGACUUCUGAGUAGUAGAAUCCUGUUUUACUGUAUGUAGUAGUUAGACAACAAUGAAGCCAAAGCAUGACUAUCGUCUCUGUAGAGUCAAACCACUUGCAGUCCCACACACAGAACACAGACUUAGCAGUGACAAUUCCUACAUUAGAAUUUUUGCAGAAUAUUGACGGAUGGAAAGGAAUUAAUCUCACAUGGGCCAAUUUGUUGAAGCAGCCCUCUCUUUAAGACAAAUGUGUCUCCCUGGUAACAAGGACCAUACCACCUGGGAUUUUCCAGAGGCUCCCACAGCUGGUUUAACAUCUUUAGGCCCUUGUUAAGCACAUCUGCUCUCCAAAUGUCAGGUGCUGUGAGCCAGGUGUGUGUACGUCUGUCUGUUCAUAUACAGUGAAGCACAAGCUGCUCUUUAUAAAUAUUCAGUAGUAUAAUAGUAUCAUUUGAAGACUUCAUUUUCUUUUGACUCCUCAACCGGUCAAAUUCAUGUAUUUGCAUCUUUAAAUAGCACAUGUAGCUCAGUCUGUCCUCUGGAUUCUGAAUGUCCCCUGUAGGGUUACAGGAACAGUUUAUUAAACCUGAAUGCUGUACACCAUCUGCAUCCUUUUCAAUCAAGGUUUUAAAACAUUUAAGAAAGCAGGAGUUAUUAUUAUAUUUUUAGCUCAAUGAUUUGAAUAUUUUGGAACUAAAUCCACAAUAAAGCUGCCAGUCAGAGCUCAGUCUAAAAAAUCACACUGUGCAACACACACCAGCCUCCAGAUUAGUUUUUUGUAUGAUUCUGACUGGUAAAAUCAUCACAAACUGUUUUUCAUUUUGCCAACAUGUCUGGUGAGCCAGUGCAAGCUUCCUGUGUGUAACCAUCCUUCCAACUUGUGUUUGGCCCUCUGGGCAACUACCUUCUGCCACCUUUAUUCCAUCUACAGGCUGAUCAUACGUUUAAUGUAUUUUUUUUCAUGAACAGGAAACAGAGUGCUGUGGUGUUUACUGUUGUUUACUGUACAUAGGACACUGAUCUCCUGAGUAUUCCUGCCACACACACACACACACACACACACACACACACACACACACACACACACACACACACACACACACACACACACACACACACACACACACACACACACACACACACACACAGCUAUCAAUGACUACUUUUGUUGAUUUUUUUCCCUUUUCCCAUUCGUCUUUUUUUCUGGUUUUGUUGCCCUUUCAGUGGACUCUAGUGACUUAUUUUUGUACUUUUUUAAAUGUGUUUUCUUGUCGUCUUGUACAUGUCACCCACUCUCUCUUCUCUGUUUCUCUGUUACAUUGUAAAACUGACAAACUUCACAACAGGUGAAGGUUCAGACUCUGUUUUUUGCAGACAUUACAUGUAUACGUUUUCUGGGUUCAGGGUUUUUGUGGGAGUGUGGGGAUGCUAAUGUUUCUACUUUGUAUAAUGAUGGACAAUUGUGUAUUUACUGUCUGUUCAUAGUAGAUUUAUAUAUAAAAAGAAAUGAGUAUAUUAUAUAUAUCUAUACAUAAUGAAAUAUUAUGAUCUUGUUUUUGAAGUUGGUAUUGGAAAACAAUACUUUUAAUGGGUCUUGCAAACAGUCGGCCCUUUUAGGGUGUUCAUGUUGGCACCAUUUGCUGUUCUGGUUACAGCUGAUUACACGUUCAGCAGCAUUUUACUGGCUGUCUUUUUGUCUUUCAACAGUGAUGACUAGUUUUUCAUUUUAUUUAUCCCGUUAGUACCACAACACUGUUACAGUAGGUGUGCAGUUGCCGUCUGCUCAGCCUCACAUAUUCAUGCACAUAUUUGUACUAUUCCAUACUUUUUUGAUGUUAUGUGUGUCGACGUGAUUGUAGAAAAAACACAAAUCUUGCCUGGCAUCUUUUAAGUAUUUGAAGAAAUGUGCAACUACACUUUAAAAUCUGGAUACCGCACUUCUCAAAAAUGACCAGUGUUUGUUCUUUUUCCAUAAAAGCUUCCAAGUUCAUCCUCUAACAUCUUUGAAAGAACAAGAAAAAUGGGAAAUAUUUGAGUCUGAUGUGCCUUUCCCCUAUGUUAAAUCACUAUGAUGGGAAUUUCAAAUGAUGUUACCUUACCAUCACUUAUUUUCUUAACAGGCCAAAUACCCUUGGUUUUAAUUUAAAUCACCAUUUGUCGAGUUUGCAUCUAAUUCAUCGAUGUGGUAUGCAAGUGAUGCCUUUGGGCUUUCAGGAGUUGCCUGUUGUUAAGCAACACUUUUCCUGUAUCCAAAAAGAUUGCAGGCGUUUGAUCCAUGCAGCAGCCCACAUGUCUUCUCUUUCUUGGCAGACACAAAAACUCCAUUCCUUGCUUUUACUGUACAAGGACCAAUUUUUAAAAAACAGAAUGUCUUUAAAAAAAAAACAAAAAAAAAACAGAAAAGACAUGAUUACAUUGUCCUAUGCUGAAUUUUCAGUCAGACUUGUAAGGAGAAAAUUGAAUCACUUUGACUGAAUGUAUCUGACAUCUACUGGCAGAGAGAUGACGGCUCUCACUGCAAACACACUUUUAAUUUCACAUGUCCUCAAUUUACAUCCUCUUCCACCUCAGAAAUUUACAGGAACAAGGAAAAAUGUAGACACAUCAGUCCAAGUUUUUAAUAAAUUGUGUACCAUAAUGUAGGACUUGCCCAAAAGAGUAUUUUCAGAAGGGCUUUAUAGGGCAUCAACUCCUUAAUUUUAUUUUAUAUUUUGCAUUUUUUGUGCAUUCCCUUUUGAGACACCUACACAGACACGUCACUUUCUCAUGUAUUGUAAUUUCAGACCAAUGUGUUGUGUGAUACAUGCAUGCAGGGUGGUUGGGAUAUGAAAACACAUAUAAUGAGGCUGUCCGGAAUAUCAACUCAACAGGGACAGGCUGACAUCUCAUUUUAAUACACUUGAAGAGAUGCUUUUCAGUAACCCAGCCCAGAACAUUCCCAGAACCUUUGCACAGCAUUGCCAGUCAUUUCUACUGUUUAAUGCUUUGGUUUCUCAAACGCAGCCAAAACUAGCACUGUCUGGCCAUCUGUCUACACUGUUAGUCUUAAAACAAUGUCCAGUAACCAAAAAGAAAGAAAAAAAACAGAAA